UCGUUUUUGUUAUGUAGCAUUAACUUUCCAACUACUACUACGACUACUAUAUAUAUAUUUGCAUUCUCUGCUAGCUAGAUACAUAGCUAUAUAUAUGGUUGUCCUCAAAAUGUUAAAAGAUCUAAGCAAAAUGUUGAUAAUUCUAUCAUGUGUUGCAUUAUUGCUCCCCUUUGGUUUAGCCUCCAUAAACACAACUUCCCUUCCACCCGAAGAAGUGGAUGCAUUGAGGGAGAUAGGAAGGAAGUUGGGAAAAGAUUGGGAUUUCAGCCAGGAUCCGUGUAGUUGGGCACCUGCAUCCGUGAAUAAUUCAACAUAUGAGGAUAAUGUAACUUGCAUAUAUGAACCAAACAGCACCACCAUUCGCCAUGUUUCUAGCGUAAGUCUGAAAGGACAAAACCUACAAGGCAUUCUCCCACCAGAAUUUGCCAAUCUUCCUUACCUUAAAAAUCUAGACUUAACUCGCAACUAUCUUAAUGGCACCAUCCCUCCAGAAUGGGGUUCCAUGCAGCAAAUUUUAAACAUCUCCCUUCUGGCGAAUCGUAUAACUGGAUCAAUCCCAAAGGAACUCGGAAACCUCAGCACAUUGACUUCUUUAAUCGUAGAAGACAAUAUGAUGUCUGGAAGAAUCCCCGACGAACUUGGGAAACUUUCAAGCAUUGAGAGACUAUUUCUGAACUCCAACUAUUUCACUGGAGAGUUGCCUGCAUCGUUUUCAAAACUGAAUACUAUGAAGGAGUUUCGGAUUAGUGCUAACAGGUUGUCUGGGAAGAUUCCAGAUUUCAUAGGAAAUUGGCCAAGUCUCCAAACCUUAAGGAUUCAGGCCAGCGGACUGGAGGGGCCAAUACCUUCUACCAUCACUCUCUCGGAAUCUUUGUCAGACUUGAGAAUCAGCGACUUGAGAGGACCCGACACACUUUGUCCACCUAUCAGUAGUACGACACGUUUCAAAAACUUGAUCUUGAGAAGUUGCAAUUUAUUCGGCGAAUUACCUAAAUCUUUGGCUCCAGGGGAGGGGGAUCAGGAGCUGAAAGUCUUAGACUUCAGUUUUAAUAAGCUUAAUGGAUCCAUUCCUGAAGGGUUUAGUGAACUAAGUAAGACAGAUUACAUUUUUCUCACUGGAAAUAUGCUAUCUGGAAGUGUGCCUGAUUGGAUGCUGACUUUAGGGGAUAACAUUGAUCUGUCAUACAAUAAUUUUACAUUUGAGAGCUCAAGGAUAUCAAACUGUGAAAUACGGAAAACAAACUUGUUUGCUUCAUUUUCAAAAGAUAUCAUCUCUAAAGAGGUCGCAUGCCUGCCGGGUGACGUAUGUGGCACAACUUUUUCCUCCUUGUAUAUCAACUGUGGUGGAAAGACAUUUUGGGUUGGAGAUAAGGAAUAUGAAGAUGAUACGAAUCCUGGUGGCCCUUCAAGUUUCCAUUUUCCCAAAAGUCGAUGGGGAUUUAGUACUACUGGUGACUUCAUGGAUAAUGGCAUUAGUGACAAUUAUCUUGUUGAUAAUACUUCUAGACUCUCGAUGAACAACGCUGAAUUAUAUACGAGUGCACGAUCUUCAGCCUUAUCUUUGACAUAUUAUGCAAAAUGUAUGUGUAAUGGAAGCUACAAUGUAAGCCUUCACUUCGCGGAGAUCACUUUUACCGCUGAUAGUACCUAUAGCAGCCUUGGGAGGCGUAUAUUUGAUAUCUACAUUCAAGGUGAGAGGUUUGAAAAGGAUUUUGAUAUCAGCGAGAAAGCAGGUGGGCCAGGGAAAGAGAUUGUCAUGAAUUAUACUGUAGAAGUUAACAGUACUUUAGAAAUUCGACUCUAUUGGGCUGGAAAUGGAACAACCAAUAUCCCAUCUCGAGGAGUGUAUGGUCCUCUUAUUUCAGCUAUCUCUGUGAAUCCAAUUUCAGAUUUUCGGUGUGAACGUGGAAAUGAUACCGGUAUCUCUGGAGGGGCGGUGGCUGGAAUCGUGGUUGGAGCAGUUUGUUUGGUCAUCCUAGUUCUAGUUCUAGGAAUUCUAUGGUGGAUGGGUUAUUUGCGACACAGGGAUACUAAUGAACUAGACCUGAGUGGCCUAGAGCUUAACACUGGUUCAUUUACAUUGAGGCAAAUCAAAACUGCCACAAACAAUUUCGAUGUUGCUAAUAAGAUUGGAGAGGGUGGUUUUGGCUCUGUUUACAAGGGAGUUUUGCCCGAUGGAACCUUGAUAGCUGUGAAACAACUUUCUUCCAAAUCAAAGCAAGGAAAUAGGGAGUUUUUGAACGAAUUAGGCAUGAUUUCUGCUUUGCAACACCCGCAUCUUGUGAAGCUGCAUGGAUGUUGUAUUGAAGGAAACCAGUUGUUGCUAGCAUACGAAUAUAUGGAAAAUAACAGCCUUGCCCGUGCUUUAUUUGGGUCUAAAGAAUGGCAGCUGGAACUUGAUUGGCCAACAAGGUACAGAAUUUGCAUCGAAAUAGCGAGAGGUUUGGCUUUUCUCCAUGAAGAAUCAAGGUUGAAGAUUGUGCACAGAGACAUCAAAGCCACUAACGUGCUGCUUGAUAAAAAUUUAACUGCCAAAAUUUCUGAUUUCGGUAUGGCUAAGCUUGAUGAAGAAGAAAAUACACAUAUAAGCACCCGUGUUGCUGGCACUUAUGGAUAUAUGGCUCCUGAAUAUGCAUUGCGUGGCUACCUCACGGAUAAAGCAGACGUAUAUAGCUACGGAAUUGUCCUCUUAGAGAUUGUGAGUGGAAUGCCCAACAUUGUUGACAAAGCCAAGGAGAAUCAGUUUGUUCUGCUAGACCGGGCCAACUCUUUGAAUAUUUCACGUAAUCUAAUGGAACUAGUUGAUCCAAGACUGGGUAAAAAAUAUGAUGUCCAAGAGAUGAUGGUAGUUAUAAAUUUGGCUCUAGUUUGCACAGCAAUCUCUCCGGCCGACAGGCCUGCAAUGUCAUCAGUGGUUAGCAUGCUUGAAGCAAGAAUCAUUCCUCAAGCAUUUGUUGCUGAACAGAGAGGCUCAUUGAGUGAAAUGGACCGUGAGAAAAUGAUGAAGCAGAUCGAGAAUAUAAAUGAGAGCCAUGCUGAGGAAAUGUCAGUCCCAUACACUGAUUCUUCAAGUUCUGCCGUUGAUCUGUACCCAGUUGAUCGUUUCAGCGAGUAUCUGCAAAAGAGAGACGAUGCAAAGAAGCUGUUACCUUAGUACGAUUUGUGUUCAGCUAUAGUUGCAUCAACAAUAUGUUUCAUUUGUUAUUAUCAUAAAAAAAAACACGAUACAAUAAAUGCUACUAUAUACUCGUAUCAAACAAGUAUAAUUCAUGGUUGAGCAAUUUGAUUACAUAUAUAUGAUUAAUGGAAUAAUUUCUAUUUACAUUUA